AUACUAUAGUAUUUACAUUCAUGCGUGUACAGUAGUUGCGAGAGAGAAAGAGAAAUCAGCAGCAAAAGUGAAAGUGGAACUCUGGGAUUUUUUACAAUCUGUCAGGAUUCAGAUUCUCAUCAUACAUCAUACAAACCAAGCACAUCUCAUAUCCUCACUAUCUCUGCUGCUAGUGCUGCUGCAUUUAAUCCUUUGACUACUUUUUGUUACACUUUACUUCUUAUUUGAAUGGAUUGUGAGUUAAUUAGUGCAGGAAUUGCCCAAUUCUUUGAAAAGAGAAAUCUUGCUUACUUCUCCAAAUCACCAAGAGUGCUUUAUCUCUUUUUAAUUAUUAUACUUAACUUAACGUAUGUAGUAAUGUCAUUGUGGUGAUAGCACUACAAUACUGGUCAGUUCCAAACAUCUUAAUAUCCCUGAACUCCAAUAAGUAUGAAGUAAUCAUAUCGUACUAACCAAGGUCAACGCGAUAUUAUGUAGAUAUAAUCAGAUGUUCAAUAUACACUACUGUAAACAAUACACUCGAUAACACAAGUAAUUGACGAGUCAUCUUCAAGUUCCUUCCUUCACAUUCUACCAUAUUUUAUAAUAAUAACAAUAAUCAGAGGUGGUCAGAAACGUUCCGGUUUUCCCGUUGUUCAUGAUUCUAUUAUUUCGAGGGAAUUUAACAAACAAAGAGGGUAGGCUGGAGUUUAGAACGUUAUUAUCCGUACCGUAUUGUCCAAUGCUGCAGAAGCGAUGGGUAUCAUUUUCUCUAAACUUUGGUCAUUGUUUGGCAAUGAAGAGCAUAAGAUAGUAAUUCUAGGACUGGAUAAUGCUGGAAAGACCACUAUUUUGUACCAGUUUUUAAUGCAUGAAGUUGUGCAAACGAGCCCGACAAUAGGAUCUAAUGUGGAGGAAGUUACCUGGAAGAAUAUUCACUUUUUAAUGUGGGAUUUAGGAGGUCAGCAAAGUCUGAGACAAUCCUGGUCUACUUAUUUUACAAACACAGAGUUUGUGAUUCUAGUGGUAGAUUCGACUGACUCUGAAAGAUUAACUUUAGUCAAGGCUGAACUGGAGAGGCUAAUUGCACAUGAAGACCUAAGCAAUGCUGCCUUUUUAAUAUUUGCUAACAAACAAGAUGUCAAGGGUUCACUCACUCCUGCCAUAAUUUCCCGAGAGCUAAAUUUAACUGCUUUACGAAAGCAAAGGUGGCAAAUCCAACCUUGUUGUGCAUUGACAGGGGAAGGACUUUAUCCAGGCUUAGAAUGGAUUGUUUCAUUAAUUAAAAAGUGAUACUACUUAUAUAAAAUUGUACUAUCUGUUAGUUUAGCUAUUAUUGAACAAUUUUGUAUUUUGCCUCAAAAUGGAUGGAUUUCGUACAAUAAUUCUUCCUAUAAUUAUGUGACACAUUAUGAUGUGGUCCACAUCCUUAAAGUGAAAACCUUUACAUUUUAAGAAUGCUUUUUAAGAAUAGUAAACUCGUAAAUUGUAAA